AUUUCAGGUUAUUUUAAUGUUCAACCAGUCUGAUACAUCGCCAAAGUGCUAUACAGAAUGGUAUGACCCAGCAACCAAACUACGUGAGAAAGCACCAGGAAUAAAUGAUUGUCGUUUCACUGCUGGUCUAAGCGUAAUUAGAGAUCAAUUUGUGUUUGCUGUGGGAGGUGUGAAUGAGUCAUGUUCACAAUCUGUUAGUAUGCUUGAUGUUUCUUUACAAUCUCCAUCUUGGGUUCCUAUGGCCGACAUGGUAGUAAAACGAGGACAAUUAGGAGUUGGUGUAUUGGAUGAUUGUAUAUAUGCAGUUGGUGGAGGAGAUCCCAACUAUUCAUUAGAUAGUGUUGAGGUUUUUGAUGUCGGUAUUCAAAAAUGGAGAUUGGUAGCUAGUAUGUCUACUGAAAGAUGUGAUUUGGGUGUUGGUGUACUCAAUAAUCGUUUAUACGCGGUUGGAGGUGCUGAUAGUAAAUUUUGUUUGAAAUCUGUGGAAUAUUAUGAUCCCGCUUUUGACACAUGGACACUAGUUGCAGAUAUGUCUGUAAACCGUCAUGGUGUUGGUGUAGGAGUCUUAGACAGUCUUUUGUAUGCUAUUGGUGGCUAUGGUAAUAAAAAGUAUCUUAAAAGUGUUGAGGUUUAUAGACCGAGUGAUGGAGUUUGGUCUUCUGUAGCUGAUAUGGAAAUUUGCCGAUUUCGCCCCGGAGUAGUGGCAUUAGAUGGUCCAUUGUAUGUUAUGGGUGGAGAAUCCGAUGAAUCUAGCUAUAAUGAUACUGUAAGAAUUUACAACCCCAAAACCAAUACUUAAACCAGGGGGAUAUUUUGGAGAAGUGGUGUGCACAUUUAUGGUGGAGUAGUUGUUGAUAGGCCACCAAAUUUUAUUGAUUAAUCAGCAUACAUAAUGGUCUCAUUGUUAGUAGUAAUAUGAACAUAUUUAUGUAUAAUUAAUGACAAAAU